UAGGGUUUCGACCUUCAACCACUGAAUCUGUCUACUAUGAAUCCGUCGCCGAUCAUCCUUCCUGAUGAUCUCAUCGCCGAAUUACUUUCUUUUCUUCCGGUCAAAUAUCUUCUUCGAUUUAAGUGUGUCAGUAAAUCUUGGAGGACUCUCAUUUCCGACUCUGCCUUCGUCAAAUUGCACCUCAAGAGAUCAGCAACACAAAAUCCCAUGUUCGCGCUAAUCAUGCUUCGCUUGAAGAUUAUUCCCGUAGAGUCUCCCAACGGUUAUGACGAGGACUACGAUCGGGGUUCCAGUGUAGUUCCAUAUACCAUAAGUACUUUAUUGGAUAGUCCCUCAUUCGCCCUUUUUGCCAAUCCUUACUAUCAUGUGGAAAACAAAGGCUGCUUUAAUGCAGUCGGUUCCUGUAAUGGAUUGAUUCUUUUGGCUGGUGGUUCCUUCAUGGGUCCCCGUAAAGAGUACUGGUUUAGAUUGUGGAAUCCAGCCACCAAGACAAUAUCUGAAAAAAUUGGAUAUUUUUGUGAUUUUAUAAAUCAAUGUUUCCGCUUUGAGUUUGGUUUUGAUGAUUCAACAAACACUUAUAAAGUGGUGGCAUCCCGUUAUAUUAAUCAACUGAAAAUUGAGGUGAGAAUAUUUAGUAUCAAUGACGAUGUUUGGAGAAAUAUUGAAAGUUUUCCCGUUGUUCCUCUUCAUUUGGACUAUGGUGGAUUUUAUAUCAAUAAAUAUGAUUAUAGUGGUGUGUAUUUGAAUGGCGCUGUUAACUGGCUGGCUAUUCAUUCCAACAUUCGCUACCAUAGUCUUACCAAUAAGAAUAUCACAAAUAAUAAGGAUAUUGCAGUUGAAGAUUUUGUUAUUGUUUCUCUUGAUUUGAAGACUGAGACGUACAAUCAGUAUCCUUUGCCAUGUGGUUUUGAUGAAGUGCCGCUUACAGAACCUACCAUUGGUGUGUUAGGUGGCUACCUUUGUUUUUCUUAUUCUGUUAAGGGAAUUGAUUUUGUUAUAUGGCAGAUGAAGAAAUUUGGAGUCCAAGAUUCUUGGAUCCAGUUUCUUAAAAUUAGUUAUCAAAAUCUUGAAAUAGAUUAUGCCUUUAGUGACUAUAAGAAGUAUCAUUUUCAAUUGAAACCGUUGCUUCUUUUCGAAGAUCGUGAUACACUUAUGCUUAAAAGCAAUCGAGAUGCCCGAGUAUUUCUCUAUAAUUGGAGAGAUAAUAGAGUUCAGCGAAUACAAAUUACUACAAGUAGAACGAGAGAUUAUUUAGGUUGGGAUUGUGUCAAAGACUAUGUUGAAAGUUUGGUUCCAGUUAAUUAAAAGUAAGUUCCUCUCUUAUGAUUUACUUAUUUGAAUUCGUGUUUUUUUUUAGAAUAAUGGAUGGUGUGAAUUGUGGCUUAGGUUAAAUGUAUAUUGAGCAUGUUGCUAGUAUUGAGAAAAUCAAUAUGAUUAGUAUAACUAUAUGACGAUGUUCGAAUAGCUGUUCUAGAUAAUGGUUGCACGGUAUAACAUUAUUGUGGACAAGUUUUGUUGCCUUUUUUUCUCAUGAGCUUGAUAGUUUAAUGUUUGAAGAUAGGAAAGCACAAUUUCUUGUUUAUUUCAUGGAAAGUGUGUGGCAUUGAAUUUGUUGUUUUUGGUUUCGUUGGUUUUGGUGUUUGUUUGGGUUUCAGUUUUGAUUUUCAACUACUUAUUACCGGUUGCCGGAGCAGAACAGCUCCGCCAUAUUGAAGAGGUUCUUGGAAGUCUAUAAAAGCACUUAUGGUUCUACAAGUUAAAAUUCAAGUCACGGUGAAAAUUCACAGUAGCCUAGAAGCUCCUUUUCAGGGUGAAAUGGCAUUUAAAGGCACGUUGGGGGUGAAGAAAAAGCUAUUCCAAGCAGGGGAAUU